CAUUGGUUGCACGUUUAUUGUGCGGCGUUGUUUAUUGUGCGGCGUUAUGAAAGCUCUUCUGCUUCUAGUCGUGGGGUUCUUCUCUUCCUCUGUCCUCUGCAAAAUUAACUACGAAUCUCUUACUGAGCCCUUGGUUAGAGAAGACGGAGAUUUCCUCAUCGUUGGGAUAUUUGAAAUCGGAACUUUGGAGAAUGAUGAGUGUGUUUUGACUUCUAGGAGUGUCUACUCAUUAGAAAAAGCGCUCGUUUUCCAAGACUUGAUGCGGAACUUCACAGCUGUGGACAACUACACCAUUGGAUACGAGAUCUAUUCGGGGUGCGAUGAACCAUACCUCGACCAAAGGAUCAGCAGCAAAGUCGCUCUAAACGAGAAAGUUAUUGGUCUCCUUGCUUCUGAUCAGAAAGCCGGAGUAAUGCCAUCUAUAGGACCUCCCACCUCAUUUUUUAUUCCUACAAUCGGAUAUAUUUACUCGGAGGACGCUUUUCUUAAAAAGGAACAAUACCCCACAUACCUUUCUCUGUUGGAGACCGAAGAAAUGGAGGCGAUGAGUGUUAUAAACCUCCUGAAGUUCCUGAACGCUCAAUAUGUUGAUGUCUGGUACAAUCCGCUCUCUGAAACAGCUGCUCACUAUGUUUACGACAACUAUGUCUCCAAGGCUGGAGGUGGGAGGCUAAUCGAGUUGUACGGAAAAGGAGAAGGCGGAAUAGUGGACGAGUUUCAAGAAUACGAUUCUUACGGUGAAGUUCCUCCAGCCCCAAUACAGCUGAUGCUUUUUAAUGGAAACAAAUAUCACGCUAUUCCGUUCCUAAACGAGACAAUCCUGAAUAGAAAAUGGAGAAACAAGACGUACAUAUUUGGCUACACCAUAUCCCGAGACCAGUUUAGAACCAGUCAGAAGGAGAUCCUAACAGGAGGGCUAAAUGUGGAUAAUGAGGUUUUCAUCUACUUGAGAUCUGUAGUGCAGAACGCGAACCGGGACUGGAUGACAAUAAAAGGAGGACUGCUGUACGACCGAGCUGAGGCGGCUGAUGAUAGAUUAUCCCAGGAUUAUCACCACAGCAAGGCGUGCAACUUCUCCCGUCCAACAGAGAGUCUGAUGGAGGCCUGUACGAACACCAGAUUACCAACUAGUUGGAUGAGCUUUGUAGCCACAGCUACUUUGCUCCUUAAGAAUAACGUACAAACAGUAUUGCAGAGUAAAGGUAGAGAUAUGGACAUUAACGAUCUGAGGAGUCAUCUCUUUGCAACUUUGGAGUCUGGAACACAGCAGGUGCAGAUAUACGGACAAUCUUUAAAAGAUAUCACAUUCAACAAAAGCACAUUGGCAAUGGGAUAUCAAGUUUUAGAAUAUCGCAACAGUUCCGAAGUGAUGAGAGGAAAGGUGCUGUUCCACAACCAGGGAGGUAUGGAUGACACUCUUAAAUACCACGUUAAAGAUAUAGGAGGAGCUGAUGCCUGCUCGGAGGACUGCCCCCCAGGGAGUCACACCUCCUUGAUGUCAUACUCUCCAGGGCUCGGUAAGUGCUGGACCUGUCCCCGGUGUACUGGUGACUCUGUAUCUUCACUUGUUAACUCUAACGAGUGUACAGAAUGUAAACAAACUCAGCACGCUGUGAAAAAUAAAACUACUUGUGAAGAGGUCCCCGAAAACUUCAUCUCCUUAAGGUCUCCACCGUUCCUGAUAGGGUUGUUUUUAAGUGGGGCGGCUGGACUCAUAACAAUCUUCAUAGCUAUUUUCAUUGCGGUCAACAGAAACAGACCCGUGAUAAAGGCAUCUGAUCCUGUUUUCUGCUACUUGUUCCUGUCCUCGCUCUGUGUAGGCGACAUCCUCACAGUGCUUACUCUUCUCGAACCUUCCCCUUCUACAUGCAACCUGGAAUUCUACUUCUGUUCUCUUUUCGUCUGCUGUGUCUGCACUAACCUCUUCUACCGCUCUCUCAAGAUCUACAAGAUCUUCAUGACGGCUAUUAACUUUCAGCUCAAACGUCCAUUCAUCUUCAAGUUCCUGACUCGACCUGCUCAGUAUAUCAUCCUGGCGAUAAUGAUAGGAGCGACUGCUCUGCUGACCAUGGUCUCUAUAAUGCACCAGGGUUGGGUUUACGAGGAAGCGUUAGAUCCUCAUAUCAGUAUCCACAAAGUGUGCAACUCCGCAAACUUCCUGGCUACCUGCUACCCCUUCAUUGUGCCGUGUGUGAUGUUGGCUGCCACCCUACUGAUAGCUUACAAAAUGAGGCUGUUCCCUCACAACUUCAAGGAAACCACCACCAUCUUCACCACCUCUCUAGUUAUCGUGGUUGUCUGUCUCAUGUUCCUCAGUGGCUACUCCAUCUCGGAACCCUCUAUCAAGUCUUUGCUGAGAGCUAUCGUCUACUUUUGCAUCUCCCAGUGCUUCCUCUUCUGCAUCUUCUUCCCUAAACUAGUGGUCCUGCUGAAGAAGGAUGAUCUAAUAGACGCUGAGGGGACGCUGAGUAACGCUAUUCACAGUUACAUAGAGGCUGACGAGAAGAGACAGAGUGUUAUUGAAAAGGAAAAGGAAAAGAAGCUGGUCAAUUCAAUGGAGAGAGAAAAGAGGAAGAGUGUGGUGGUGUCAGCUUUAGUGGAUUUAACGACCCCCACACACGGAAUAGAUAAGUAGAUAACCUCUGAUACAGAAACUUUACAUGCUAGUUUUGGGUCCAUCUCCUAAGCUAUUCUUCUGUAGACUGUAAACUGGUAAAGUGAAUAUAAACUCUCGGACUUUGCAAUAACUGAAUUUACCUUUUAUCUAAUUAUAUGAUUGAUGAAAUUCUACCUACCAAAAAGUUUGGAUACAGAUAGAAAUACUUGUUCGUAUCUACUAGACAAAUAUAUUCUUUUCUCUCCGUGCUUAUGAU